AGAGGGGCAACUGCCUUCUGCACCCUCCAAGGGCUGAGGACAAGUGGUGUAGCUGGAGUCAUUCUGCUCUAUCUGGGGACUACAGCAGAACCAGUCGCUACCAAACAUCCCCACAGGUUGCUUUAAAUAGCAGGGGAAAAUGAACAGAGGAACCAGCAAAGCUCAUCUCACUUCUCAGAAUUUAUUCUCUGACCUUUUUUACUGUCUGUGCCCCUCUGAAAAUCUCCUUCAGCUUUUAUUUGCACAGUUCCACCUUUUGCAAUAGAGGAAAGCCCCUGAAGCUUUUUCCAUCCUUUUAAAAGAAUCCACCCCUGCAGCCAGACACCAAGCUUCAUUUCUGUGCCAAAGACAUGAAGCAUCGUCUGGGCUUCUUGCUGCAGAAGUCGGACUCCUGUGACUACAGCUCUUCCCAGGGCAAGAAGGAGAAAUCAAGCCAGAGGAUUAGCCAAGAGGAAGUCAGAAAGUGGGCAGACUCUUUGGAAAACCUGAUCCAUCAUGACAGAGGACUGGCUGCUUUCCGUGCUUUUCUCAAAUCUGAAUACAGUGAGGAAAACAUCGAGUUCUGGGUCAGCUGUGAGGACUACAAGAAAACCAAGUCGCCAGCCAAGCUCAGCCCCAAGGCCAGAAAGAUCUAUGAUGAGUUCAUCUCAGUGCAGGCAACAAAAGAGGUGAACCUGGAUUCGUGCACACGGGAGAAGACGAGCCACAAUAUGCUGGAGCCUACACUGUCCUGCUUUGAUGAGGCUCAGAGAAAAAUAUUUACCCUCAUGGAAAAGGAUUCUUACCGCCGUUUCCUCAAGUCCCCCUACUACCUGGACUUGGUCAGCCCACCCGGUGCUGGCUGUGGGCCCGAAAACUGCAAAAGAAGCCACACUCACACUUUAGACUGCAACUCUAACAUCAUCUCUCAGUGUGCCUGAACCUGCAGCGAGGCAGGAGCGGGCUGGGCUCUCGCAAGAAUAUACGGCAGCAAAAGCAUUCAUUGGCAUGAAGCAACAGAGCUGUCUCCAAUAGCUGUCUAAUGUCCCAGUUGUAUCCCAUGUCAUGCAACAGCCAGCAUUUGUAACCCAAGCCAGGCUCAGUUUGUGUAGCAAACCCUCCUCUGAUUCCAUCAGCGUAGGAGCCCUGGAGUCUGUGUCUGACAUGAAAGCUGGGUGCGAUCAUUGCGUGCCCG